GGGGAGAAGAAAGGAGAGGGGGCCGCCCGCUGAGGCCGGAGUUCGGCGCUCGGGCGCGGCUGGGCGCGGCUGCCCGCUGUCGGGUCGUGGGCGACGGCCCCGGCGGCUGAGACAGGUCCUGCGGCGCAGGCGCCGGGUGAGAAGGGGGAAGGGAGCAGAUCCGAGUGGGACGCUUCCGGUGGGAGGUGCGCCCGGGGACCUGUAGCUGGGCGGACCCUUCCGGCGGCGGCGGCGGCGGAGAGGAUGGCGGCGGAGAACCACUGCGAUUUACCAGUUCCCCCGAUCGGCGGCCUCGGCCUGGGAGGCCCGGGCGGGCCCUGCCGCCGGUGCAGCUCGGCGCCGCCGCCCGGCGCGGUGCCCGGCAAGUGGGUCCGGCUGAACGUGGGGGGCACCUGCUUCCUGACCACUCGGCAGACGCUCUGCAGGGACCCCAAGUCCUUCCUCUUCCGCCUUUGCCAGGCCGACCCCGACCUGGACUCGGACAAGGAUGAAACAGGUGCCUAUUUAAUAGACAGAGACCCAACCUACUUUGGGCCAGUGCUGAACUAUCUCAGACAUGGGAAACUGGUUAUUAACAAGGACCUAGCUGAGGAAGGUGUACUGGAAGAGGCUGAAUUCUACAAUAUCACAUCACUAAUAAAACUGGUAAAGGACAAAAUAAGAGAAAGAGACAGCAAAAUCUCACAGGUGCCAGUCAAACAUGUGUACAGGGUGCUGCAGUGCCAGGAAGAGGAACUCACUCAAAUGGUUUCCACAAUGUCCGAUGGCUGGAAAUUUGAACAGCUUGUCAGUAUAGGUUCCCAGUACAGCUGUGGCCGGGCCCAGCAGUCAGAGUAUCUGCUGAUAGUGUCACGGGAAGUGAAAGGGGAAGAGAGAUGCUUCCAGAAAUGCUGCAGUGAGCUGGUCAGUAUUGGUUCUUCCUAUAACUAUGGCAAUGAAGAUCAGGCUGAAUUUCUGUGUGUUGUCUCAAAGGAAUUGCAUAACACUCCCUAUGGCACAACCAGUGAACCCAGUGAAAAAGCAAAGAUUUUGCAAGAACGAGGUUCCAGGAUGUGAAGACAGUGUUGAACGGUGACAAUUUUUUCUCUUUUAUUCCAAGACGCAGUGAAUUGUCACACUGAAGAGGCUCGGCUGCAAAAAGAAAAAAAUCUGAUUUAGACAAUUUUCUGUUGAUCUGGGUUCAACCAUUUUUGCCUAUAAGCUAGUGUCAACUGGCUGAAAGCAUUGCAAGAUUACGUAACAGGAAUAGAUGGUGUGGGAGUGUGUGUUAAGUUUUGGUUGUAGUGCAUGGUUGUACUCUCUUGUGGGCUGACUGACACUGGUCAUUUGAAAAGAAAUGACCAUGCACUCAUAUUUUCCUCUGAGACAUGUAGCACUUAAUGUCUGGUGCUGGAUGACCCAAUGUUGAUCAGUUUGGAGAUGUUUUCCUACUAAUAAUUGUAAACGUUUAAAGGACAAUGUAAUUGGUGCUACACACACACACACACACACACACACAUUACAGCCCACAAAGUCAAAUAUUUGGGCCUACAUUGUUUCAGAAUCAGUGGCAGCCCCAGUUGACUGUGUUAUACUGCACAUUCCUUAUGGCUCUGUGACAUACUCUUAUUAUGUAAUAACAGCCUAGGAGAUCAACUGAAACUAGCACGUAAAAAGCUACACAACAGACAAAAGGUUUCUCUAAAGGAAGGGUGUAUAUAUUGACUGGAUUUAUAGCAUAUUUUAAUACCCAAAGGGAAGACUGAACUCAGAGAAAAUGACCUUCAUCUGAGUUUUUCUUGAUGUUCCUUCUGUUAAGAGUCUCCUCCUGCAAAAGUUAUGCUCCAGUCUUAGCCAGAUGUUUGGAAGGGGAACCAAUAUUCACUUAAAAUGAACAACUGAACAUUCUGUUUCUUUUGAGAUGUUUGUACUCAUAUGUGUGGUUGUGCUUUUAUAAAAUGCCUGUAAGCGUUGAACUCUGUGGAUUAUGGAGAGAUUUUUCAAGAGCUGGAGGCUGUACAGAAAUGUGGCUGGCUAGUCCUAGAUCCCUGUGUCUGUGACUGGGAUUAAAAUCAACCUUGAGUGUGAACACAAGCUCAUCCAAUUGAAAAACUUAAUUACUUCAGACAUUCAGGAUACCUGUAAUCAAUCUUUCUCUUUCUAUACUGUUUCAGCUAUGCAGUUAAAGAACACUGUUGGAAACCAUCUGGUGCAGCUUUAUUAGUUUGUCCUUGAUGAAGACUAAUACACAAGACUGGAGCUUUUUAAUACACUAUGUUUUGAGCAAAAUCUUGAGCACAUCUUUAAAACACUUAAUGAAAUUGACAGUAUCAAACUUGGCUUUAUUAACUUACGAAAGCGGUGGAAGGGAGUUUCAAAGAGCUACAAGAUUGUUUUGAAUUCUAAAGACAUUACAGUUUUCAUUCUCAGUAACUUCAGAAUUUAUGCAUAUGCUCUAGGUAAUCCUUUACACAAAAGCCUGAUUUUCAAACACCCAGGGUUUACUCUUUUUUUCUUUUUUUUUUUUUUUUUCUAAAAAGGACUUAUAUACAUUGAUAAAAGUUUGGCAGAAACAAUUUGUAAAAACCAUUUCUACUAAGCAGGUUAAGCAUUGGGCUAAAUGUUUUGUCCAUGCGUCUAAUGCUUGAAAGGGUUUGUAAUGCAUUUUGCGACUUGGAUGUGGUCUGCACAGGAAGCUGCUGGCCCCUCCACAACAACACAUAAAAUGUUUGUCUUUUUUUAAGAUGUUAAAACUGAAUUGAAUUUACUAAAAAUGUAAUUGUGUAGGGGGAAAUGUUUAUACUUUUAUACUUUUUUAGGCACCCAUAUUUUAUCAGCUUAAAUUUAGCACCCAAAUUUCCCCUAAAUAGUAAGAGGUUAUCUUGUGUAUCUGAAAAUAAGCAUAACAGUUGUCUGUGUUAACUGCAUAUUAAAACAUUUCCUCUGCUGCAGUAGUCACUGUGUUUUUAAACAGUAUGACUCCACCAAAUUCUCUGAGCUCCCUAGCUCGUGGAAUUGCAGCCAACCAUGUUUCUUGUUAUUUUCUUGAUGUGCUCUACAGAGUAAUUCGGCAUUGGCCCAGGUGGAUUUUAAUGCCUAAAAUAUCUGUUUUACAAUGAUCCUUCUGAAUCAGCACUUCUGUUUUCUCUCUUCUUUAACCCAAAAAAGAAUAUUUUCUUUCAUAAAGUGAAAAUUUCAAGAAUGUCAGCAGCAAAGCAUGAGUAACAAACUGAGCAAACUGAACAAAUUUAGAAUAUAUAAAAGAGUGGGUUUUUCUAAGUAUGUUUUUUUUCACUGGAGUAUUUUCAGUUUAAAAACAUGAUUUUACAGUGAGAUUACCUGCCAUCUAGUUUACAUUGUAUCCCUAUUUGUAGCAAAUUUUGGGGAAAUGAGUGGUUAAUCAUUUUGCACUUUGUUUCCAAUACCUCACAAAGAUUUUAAGAAAGAAAAAAAAAAAAGAUAACUUUAAUAGGCAGGUACCUUGUAAAUUAUUUUAAAUAUGCUGUUGUUUGAGACCACCUGAACUAACUACUAUCCUGUUCUUGCUAAUGUCAUUAUUGCUUUAAUUUUUGUGAACGUGUGAGGCUUUCAGAUAGAUGGAAGUGCUACCAUAUGCCUUCUUCAAGGCAUUAAGAACUGAUCCCUAAAUAAGUUUGGUUUCUUUUUAUUUGACUCUUGUAAUUUCAAAUAAAGUUAGCUACAGUAACAAGGUAAUUGCAUUAGAGUCCAAUCUACAUCACCAGGUGUUGCAGACAUUGCUUUAUCUGUUAAGAUCUUGCAGGAUGAGGUAAUGUACCACUAGAGUUUAAACUGGAAUUCUUUAUCUGUUUCUUUUCUGUAAUUUGGAGGGUAUUUACCUUGAGAGAACAGCCUAGGACUGUGUAAAGCUGAUGGGUUCACAACAGGGCUGUAGCUGAAAAGCUACAACAAACUCAAAGGCUGCAAAAGCCUUUGUCAUGAACUCUGGAUUUACACAGCUUCUCUACUGUUAAGUCAAAGCAAUGUUCCAGGUUAGAAUUCAAGAUCCUGAGCGCAGAGAGAUCACAGCAGAAGGAAAUAAAGUAGGAAGGGAGAGACACCAAAACAUAACAGUUAAUCAAGGUGACCUCUCAUGAAAAUGUAAAUUCUCUGAAAGAUUUACCUUUCGGCCCUUUUGCUAUACGAAUAUUCAAUGAAGUUGUUUGGCAUGUUGUCCAUGGAACAGGAGGUUACUUCGGCAGAUGAUGAGUGGAUUUUCAGUAAAAUUCUUUAAAGGCUUUUACAUGACAAAUGUCUUGCAAAGCUUGUUUAAAAACUGAGAAGUUUUUAAACCAUAGCAAUUUCUUGUUUUGAGUUAGGAAAUGGAUAGCAUACUGGUGGCCUUAAGUUUUGUCAGAGGCUAAUUUUCUGUAUUGGAGAUGACAUUUUUAUAUUAAAUACUUUUGAAUUCUUCAAGCAGCAAUUAAAAGAGUUUAUCUGCAAUGAACAAGUCAUUCUGAGGCCUCCAAGACGUGAAUGUCAGCUGGUCCAUAAUAACUGUCCAAAAGUAUAGUCUGACUCAGCAGCUCAACAGGAAAUGUGAAAUAGAUUAUUUUUUUUUUUUUUAACAAAAGACAAAAGGUUACCUGGAAUUUUCUCCCACUUGCUGUGGGGUUUCUAUGGAUUAUGGCUAACUGCAGUUUAUUAUCAUGGUAAUUUAGUGUGUCAAAGGCCUGAUUGUAUUUAGAAGCUUAUAUUGAUUCUCUCCUAAACUUUCAGUCCUCAGAAUCAUAUACUCAGAAAAUUUGGAAAAUGUACUGUGGUUUUUUUUUUUCGAACUCAGCUGGGUUUCUUAUAAUGAUAAAAGUUCAUCUUUUUUUGUAGCAUUAGUAAAAGAUAUUUCUUAAGAAAUUGAGCUCAAUGUAUCCAUCCAACUUUUUUUCUUUAGACAAUAGCUGUGUAGCUCCAUUUCUAGCAACGUGAAUGCGCAGUUAUGAUUGAUUAGAAACAGGACUGUUUCUGGAAGAUACCAAAAUUUAAUCAAUCUCCUCUUUCUCUGAGAGGCUUUUUUUCAGGAGAAAAAUGAAAACUUCUAGCAGAUUAAACAAAAGAAAUCUUUCAGGAAUGCUUAGGGAACAGGUCUGUUGAGUAGGAUGAUGGCGUUUUCAGAAACUGCUUCUCAGAUGAGAACACUGUAUUCUGUGAACGUCUGUUGAGGUUGUUGAGAAUUGUCAGUGUCUUUCUGAGCAGUAGAGAGCUGCCACCAGCAAAUGAACACACAUUAAUUACAAAUUACUUUGUUAGUAUUACAAAAAUGAACUUGGGAUGCAAAAAUACAAUAGUAUCUGAUUGAAUGAAAUGACCUAGAUACUGGAUUAUAAUGUGUAUUGUCCAGUCAUUCAGGUAUACUGGAAUACAUUCCUUGAGAAGUACUGAGAGAAGAGUGAAGUACUGAGCUUUUCAUGGAGAUCAAAGUCAAGUGAAAGAGAGUCUGGAGAUGAAGCCUGGGAUUUUGUUCACUUGAGAUGUGAUAAAAUCAGAAGGUGUCAUUCUCCUAUUUUAUCCUCUCUCUUACCAUAUCAAAAGCAUCUUUCAACUUUUCAAAUUAUCUUCUUCAAUCAGCCCUGAAAGGUGGGGCCCUGGAAAAGAAAUGAGAUUUUGUUAUGCCUUUAACGGUACCUGUUAGCUCAGGAUGGUAGCAUUAAAACUUCCAGUGGCCAUUGGAGAAGUGUCUUUUCUAACAACAAUUUUGAAAUACCUAUGGUCUGAGGAUGCUGCCUGUUACUUCAGUAGAGUUUAGACUGCACUUAUCUCCAGCUUUAAGGACAAUCUCAGGAUCUUACCUGGGUUCGUGUGUAGAAUCAUUGAUUCUUAAAAUAGUAUAAAUACUCAGUUUAAAAACAAUGUGGAAGGCUGUCUGAACUCAGUGUCAUAUAACUUUUCUUUCUUUUGGCUCACAAGAAUCAGGAGCUGUCUUUAAAGGCUUCUUACUGAACUGAGGCUUUAAAGGGCUAAAUAGAUCUUACUGUUCAGUUUGCCUAAAUGACUGUCAGACAGAAGGAACUCUCCAUUUUCAGUGCAGAAAUGCUAAGGGCUAAAAUCCUUUCCAGGGCUAAUUUGAAGUUCCGGAAACACAUAACGUUUCAAAAGCAGCUAGUCUGUUUUUCUUGCAGCUCACGGACUCUUAAAAUAAUUUUUACAAAUGGCUGAACCAAUUGCAGAUAUAAGUGUUCAUAUAUGGCUUGGAAUUUCAGCAUCCAGCUUGGUAAGGAAUAUGCUAGAGAAAACAGUACACUUGCCCACCACGUUAUUAUUGCCUACGCUGAAAUCUAACAACUUUUAUGAACAGCACUGGCAAUAGAGAGACUUUGAGGAAGAUUCUGCCCCAGGAAAUUGUCGCUGAAUAUUUCAUUGCAACUCAGCUGUCCUUUACUUUAGCAAGGCCUACCAAGGCAUAAACUUCUCAGAAGUUCAGUGAAUAGAUACUGCUGCAAACAGUUUUCUGCGCCCAUCUAAGGGUUCUCUUUAGGAUGUUGUGUGUUAGUAACUACUAUAAUGAGAGAAACUUUUUUAGAAAGUUAUUUUGCUACGUUGGGGGUGGGCGGGAGGGGAGGAGGUUCUGUGCCAGUGCUCUCCUUGCCUUAGAAAGCUGAGCCUAAAUUUUGACCUGACUUAACACCUGUUGAGAUUUCCAGGCCUGGUCAUCUGAAAUGUAAGAGUUAAUGUAUUUAUGUGCAUGAUUCUUGCUCCUUUUGAAGAUUUUUCCAAAAGCUUAUGCACAACUUUACUCAAACUCAACUUGGCUCACGUGUACUUGCUAGGAUGAAGCAAGUGCCAAGGCGCUGCAAGAGGAAUGUUGCCAACCUGCCUACCUGGAACUGAAAGAGGAUCACCAAACCGAAGGGGUAUCAAAUGGCAACUGUUUCCACCCGCUUCUGUCCUGAGCCUCAUCUGAGUCUAGCUAUGAAAAAUCUAUUUCCUAUGGACUCUCUCGGCCCACCUACCCAACUCAACAGAUGCUCUUGUUUUUCUUUCCUUUUUCCCCAAAUCACUAGUCUCCAAAUCAGUUGUGCAUCAGCUGUUUGUGUUAAUAUCCAAGUGGCCAUACUUGCAACACAUUAUUUCCUGGAUAGUGGAUUAGCAAUAACACUUUAUUUUGUGCCAAUUCAUUAUCUCUGAAGUGUUCUUACUGCAGCAAAGUUUGAGUUUUGAUUUGGUUUUAAUGCUUUUGCAUUAGCCAAAACUCUUAGCACAGACAUAGACAAGAAACUGAAUCCAUGGAAUUUCCCUGGAUAGAAAUCUGCUAGGGCUUCCCAAAUCAUUUGAAGAUGGUUACAGUUAACCAUCAUUUUUAAAACAAACAUACAAUUAAAAUGUGUGUGGGUAUUUUUUUAACCUCCUUUUCAUAACACUAGCAUAUUGUAAACUGCAUGAAAUAAACCUGUUUUUUCCCUUUUAAA